AUGACAAGUACACUCGGUGAAGAAGAUCGAUCUGCCUCCGCCGAAGACGAUAUGGGACAUGUCAUCGCUGCUGUUGAUACCAAAGAUCAAGGGACCGUCGGAUGCGCGUAUUACGUGGCAGAGAAAGAGACACUUUUCUUGCUUAGUGAUGGUCGAUACGGUGGGAUGGAGGUUGUCGAUGCCCUACUUCACCAGAUUAAACCUACAAUUGUUCUCAAGACAGCUCGUGUUGAGAUUCUCUCGGCUCAAGGUCGAGAGCAGAGUUUGGCGCAAGACAAUGAAUCAACGGUGUUUUUACCCUAUAAAGUUGAGACUCGUCCCGGACAGGAAUUCGAUCCCUCAAGCGCGCAGGCCAGUUUAAUUUCUCUGAAGUCUCUGCGCUCUUUCGAAAAUCGUUCACGAUUUUUAGUUCCGGAUGGGGGUCUUGGCGAUUAUGAUGAGGUCGAUCCUGAGGACAUUGGGUUUUCCGCGCAAGAAGGAAGAUUGUUGCACGUGUCCAGUUCAGUCGAUCUGGAAAACAUUGUCUCCGUUGGAUGCGCCGGUGCCGUUUUGGCCGAUCUACAGAGACGGCGAGCCUUGACAGGAAGCGUAGGAGUCAUCGACGACAACACAUUCAAAAUCAGACAUUUAGAAAUGUUCAGCCUUCGUGAUACAAUGUGGAUGAGCAGGAAUGCGUUUCUGUCUCUUCAAGUCAUGCAAUCAGAAUUACACCCAAACCUGUCGAGCCAGGUUAUGGGGGCCAAGUCAGCUGCUGGCAAGGAGGGUUUCUCGGUAUACGGUCUUUUCAAUCGAUUUGCAUACACUUCUCAAGGCAAGGCAAAUCUCAAGCAUAUCUUUCUCCGCCCGACCCUCGAUGUCGCUCUGAUUCGUGACCGACAAAAGUUCAUUGGAGUUUUUUCUCGACCCGACAACAUGGCCACGACGGAAAGAAUCAUUAAAAGCCUGAAGCACAUCAAAAAUCUUCGUCCCGUGAUCAUGGAUUUACAAAAAGGUAUAAGUACUGGGAGUGCGAAAAUGAUCGGGUUCAAAGCCACAGUGUGGGCAAGCCUACUAGCCUUUGCGUUUCAUUCAAUUGACAUCCAUGACGCUCUUCGAGAGAUGUCGAUUGCGCAGGAUGUGUCUCUGCGAACCAAAGCCAUGAAGACCUUCGAGGCGGCCCAACUCUACAGAGUAGGACGCAUUAUACAAGAAAUUGUUGAUAUCGACAACUCUGAGGAGCAAGGUCGUACCGUGGUUAAGCAGGGUCUUGAUCGGGAACUUGACAAAAUGAAAGACAGAUAUGACGGCCUUAAUAGUUUGCUCAAGAACGUCGCAAUUGAAAUCGCGUCAAUCAUCCCAGAGCAACUUGAGAUCGACGUGAAUGUCAUUUACUUUCCACAGCUCGGAUUCAACAUCGCCAUUCCACUCAACGAUAGUGGACACGCUGCAUAUUCCGGCGCGGACGGCGCAUGGGAGCUUGUCUUUCUCACGGAGACUCGAGCUUACUUCAAGGACUUUCGGAUGAAGGAGCUGGAUGAUAAGCUUGGAGACAUUUACGGGCUAAUUUGCGAGAAAGAAAUUGAAAUUGCUUACGACAUGGCUCAAAGAAUACUUCACUACGAGGAGGACCUUGUAAAGGCUUCUGACGUCUCUGAUAGCCUGCUUGCCAUGACACAGGCAGCAAAUUUUUACAAAUUGAGUCGGCCAAGUAUCGUUACUGAAAACGUUAUUGAUAUACGAGGAGGCCGGCAUCUACUCCAAGAACUGGCCGUGCCUUCGUACGUCCCAAACAGUACUUUACUGGAGGGUGGAGGCCAAUCUCAAAGCGAAAAUGGAGAUCCGUCGCUGCAACCAAUCCAAGCACCUAGCAUGCUCAUAUUAACAGGCCCAAACUAUUCUGGAAAAAGCGUUUACAUGAAACAAGUUGCGCUUAUUGUCUUCCUUGCCCAAAUCGGAAGCUUUGUCCCGGCAGAAAAGGCAGAGUUGGGCAUCACAGACAAGAUUUUGACGAGGGUGAACAGACAAGAAAGCGUGUCAAACGUUCAAAGCACCUUUAUGGGCGACCUACAGGAGAUCUCACUCUGCCUGAAGCAAGCUACCGGUCAGAGUCUUGUUCUAAUUGAUGAGUUCGGAAAAGGAACGAAUGAAGCUGAUGGCAUUGGUCUGGUUUGUGGAGUUCUUGAGCAUCUGCUCGAACUUGAGAGCCGGCCAAAGGUCAUUGCAGCAACUCAUUUCCACGAGAUAUUUGAGAAUGACUUUUUGUCUCUACGGCCCGGGCUUCAAUUGGGCCAUAUGGAGGUGAAAGUGAGCGAGGAAUCUCGUAACGUCAAGGAUCAAGUCACCUAUCUAUACAACUUUCGUCUUGGUCGAAGUAACAAAAGCUUUGGCACCAUAUGUGCGGCGAUAAAUGGCGUUGACGCUGCUAUCGUUGAACGAGCCAACGAGAUCGCAUUACUGGCUGCCCGUGGCGAAAAUCUGAUCGCGGCGUGUGCGGUUUUGUCUGCACAAGAGGUUCAAACUCUUCAUGAAGCGAAUGCCGUGGCGCGCAAAUUUGUCGAGCUCGAUCUCACUGCAGAUGACGAUGCAUCUGUGAACGAGACCAGAAGAAAGCUGCAAGAACUGCUUGGAUUUGCGAAAUGA